CAGCCUCUUAGUGUAAAAUGCAACAGUGAAAAGAUGAAUAGGAAACGUGAAUAUGAGAGUGAAAGUGAGCCGGAUGAAGACACAGUGUGACUUUAAUGUUCCAGCAGCAGAACACGGAGAAUAAUCCUCGUCCACAGGGAUUAACGAUUAGCGUCUUCAUUGAGACUGAAGCAGCUUUCACCAGCUUCACUUACAAAGAAGAACUGAGCGUGAGCUGGCUUCCAGAAUAACAUCAGAGGAAGCAGAAGAAGAAAAUCAGUGAUGGCUGCUGUAACAACAUCAAAAGCAACAAAAGAAGAAGUGACACUCCUGCUCACUCUGACAGCUUCUUCUCCGAGCCGUGACAACCCCACGCCUCUUCCCUCGCCUCCAUCAUGUUCAGUUUCCACCAGCCGGCCGCUGCAUGUUGACCACCGUCAGGAGGUGAAACAGGAGGAAACACAGGAGCAGCUGCAGAGUGGAACAAUGAAGGAGCUGCUGUUCCUCCUCCUCCUCGUGGUGAUGGAGACCUCCUCCAGGUCUAACAGCAGCUGGUGCAGACAGGGCUGUGACUGUGGAGGAGAUCUGAAGUUCACCAUCUGCUCCAGAGCUCACUUCACCCACCUGCCCAGCAGAAUCCCGCCCACCACCGAGCUCCUGGACCUGUCCGACAACAACAUCUCCGUCAUUCCUGAACGCUCCUUCAGCAAGAACCGUAAGCUCCGAGUCCUCAUACUGCAGAACAACAACAUCAGUGUGGUGGAGGAUGGGUGCUUCUCUCACCUGGAGUUCCUGCAGAAACUGGACCUGAGCUGGAACCGGAUCUCUACCCUGACAGAAGGGUUCUCUCUCGGCCUGGUAUUCUUGCGGGAACUGCAGCUCGCCCACAACCGCCUGACAAGCCUGGACAGCAGGAGCUUUAUGCACCUGGACGGCCUGCAGAGGUUAAACCUAACCUGCAACAGCAUCCACACCAUCCAGGUGAGAUCCUUCUCCUCCAUGAGCACCCUGCGGCAGCUCCACCUGCAGAACAACCAGCUGACGGCUCUGAGGAGUGGGAUCUUCUCCAUGCUGCGCUCCCUGGAGGUCCUCAACCUGGCCGGGAACCAGAUCAGCGAGACAGAGAUGGGCGUCUUCAAGCCGCUCACCAGCAUGACGUUACUCAACCUGGCCGACAACCAGCUGUCCACCGCUUACUUCAAGACGUUCCUGAGCAUCCACACCUACAGCACCCACAUCCUGCUAGAGGGGAACCCCUGGAACUGCGACUGCGACCUGCAGAGAGUUUUCCGUAAGCUGCGCAGCAUCCAGAGGCUCUUCCUGGACGACUACUACAACCUGACCUGCAAGGAGCCGCCUGUCCUCAAAGAUUACCGGCUGAUGGAUGUGGAGCUGUGCCUCGCCGAGACCGUCACCGUGCUAAUCAUCACCAUUACCGUGGUGAUAACCGUGCUGGCUGCCAUGUUGAUGGGAGAGAGGAAGAGGAAGAAGAAGAAGAGAGAAAGCACUGGACACAGCAGGGAGAGCUCUCGGACGAGUCGGACUAUUAAAACACAUCUUACUCUUUUUCCCCUGAAAUAUCUUCAUCCACUUUCUUUACAGUUUUCUGUUUCAGACACAGACGGCAGGAUGACUUCCAUGUUUUUGUUCAGCAGCUCAUUUUGACGGAUUUCAUCCUCGGCACAGAAAAAGAAGGAUUAUUUUAAAACACUUCAUUGUGAAAACACUCUUUGAACUGUCCUGUGUUGUUUCCCCUCCAAACUGCAGCUGUAUAAAAAUGUAUUUUCUCAUCUUAAACAUGUUGAAGAAUUAUUUUUUAUGAAACUGGAUGUGGAGCAGUUGCAGCAGUUGCAGCAGUGGCUGUGUUGUAAUUGCUCCUGGUGUGCACAUUAAACUGGGUGUACUGACUUCUUGUGUGUCUGACACUCAUUCAACUCAAGAAGCAUGAAGUGUUUUAAUGUCAAACGCAGGCCUGCACUGCCCUCUGCUGGUCAAACAGCUGAACUACAGAGGAAAGCAUUUGGGAUAUUUGAUGUGAUGUUCUGGCAGCAUCAGAAGGGUGGGGUUGGUUGUUUUCUGGCACCACACCCUGUGAAAAUGCAUGUAAGUCAGC